AACGAAUUCGUGGUGAAAAUGCCAGGGAAGACACCUGACGAAGUGAGACAGCUCGCGGAGGAGCAUGGAUACACAUACUUGGCGCCGAUGAAUUUCGACGAUCUUCAUCACGUCCGACACAGACGCUUGGCGCGUCGAUCGCUCGAUUCGCAUCCAGAUAGCUCGGCCGAACCUUGGCACGAGAGAAUACAACAAGAAGUCAAAAUCAGAAAGAAACGCGAUUACGGUAUUACGCAAGAGGGUAGUUCGUUUCGGUGGCGAGACGACGAGACAGAAGACGAGCUGAGCAGACAGAUCAGAGCUGCAUAUAGACAUGAAAGGGCCCAGACGCAAAUGAAUGAUCCGAAAUGGCCUCUCCAGUGGUACCUGAAUCGCGGUGGCGGCCUCGACAUGAACGUCGAGAAAGCGUGGAGUGAGUUCAACGUCAGCGGGAAAGGCGUCGUUGUCACAAUUUUAGAUGAUGGUCUGGAGAAAGAUCAUCCUGACAUCGCAUCGAACUACGAUGCCCUAGCCAGCUUCGACAUGAACGAUCACGAUCCAGACCCUCAGCCGCGGUAUGAAGUAAACGAUUCGAAUCGUCACGGUACGCGGUGCGCUGGUGAAGUUGCCGGCCUGCGCGACAACCAGGUCUGCGGCGUUGGGAUAGCGUAUAAAGCGUCGAUCGGUGGAAUCCGAAUGCUCGAUGGCGAUGUGACAGAUGCCGUGGAGGCUAGAUCCUUGGCAUUGAACCCUCAACACAUCCACGUGUAUUCCGCUUCGUGGGGUCCCGACGAUGACGCACGUACAGUCGACGGUCCAGGCCAACUCGCUGAUAAAGCACUUAAAGAUGGCAUACGGAACGGCCGUCGCGGCUUAGGCAGCAUAUUUGUGUGGGCGUCCGGUAAUGGCGGCAAGGAGAAAGACAACUGUAACUGUGAUGGAUACGUGAAUUCAAUCUUCACGCUAGCCGUGUCGGCUGCGACCGAGAACGGAAACGUGCCGUGGUACUCGGAAAGCUGCGCGGCGACUUUGGCCACUACUUACUCAUCGGGGAACUACAAUGAAGGUCAAAUCGUAACCUCUGAUCUCCAUCAUAACUGUACAGAGCGACACACCGGAACGUCGGCUUCGGCGCCUCUGGCCGCGGGAAUCGUAGCCCUGGCCCUCGAAGCGAAUCCGCAACUCACAUGGCGGGACAUGCAGCAUUUAGCGGUGCGCGCCACCAGGCGGGCGAACCUAAACGCCCCGGAUUGGGUGACGAAUGGGGUGGGCAGAAAUGUUUCGCACUCGUUCGGCUUCGGAUUGUUAGACGCUCACAAAAUGGUGGAACUUUCCAAGAAAUGGAAACGCUCCCCGCCGCAGAAAGUCUGCACGGUGAGCCCUCCCAGGAGCGACAAGCCCAUUCCUCCGAAGAGCACGCUGCUGUUACAUCUGUUCGUGGAAUGUAAGAAUGUCAAAUACGUCGAGCAUACGAUUUCUAAGAUCACACUGCAAGCGAUGCGCCGAGGUGACAUUCAUAUCUAUCUCUCGUCACCUUCCGGUACGAAGAGUACACUGCUCACGCAGAGACCGAGAGAUGACUCUCGACAAGGCUUCAAUCAAUGGCCCUUCAUGACGGUGCAUAAUUGGGGAGAGAACCCAAACGGAAAUUGGACCCUGGAGAUCCACAACGACGCUUCUUAUCUGGGCAAGGCGCUCCUCAAAGAAUGGGCAUUAUCGAUGUUCGGAACAGCGGAGGACCCCGAUGCGCAGUUCCGGACGGAUUUCCCCGAUAAACCCGCCGGGGAGGCGGAACCCAGCAACGAUCUAGGCGAUCUCGAGCCUCCUUCAGGAGUGCGCAGCGCUGGCGUCAGAGACCCGAUUGACAGCGACACGGUGCUGAACUCGCGCAGUUCGGUUAGCAUGUCCUCUUCAGCAGGCCCUCCACCCCCCGGUUGGGCGGAGCCGUUCGUUGCAGCGGUCUAUUGUUCAUAG